UAAAGCGCGGGAGCGUUGCUUUACAGCAAUUUAGGUGAUAGAGCCUGGUCGGUGUUCUCGCUUCAUGUUGUGUGGCUUCCCGUCCGAACACGUGGGCCACUGUAAGUAUUCCAGUCGGUAAUUCUCUCCUCCCGGCGUGGGAGCAGCCUCCUUGUGGGGACAGAGUGGCAGCAGAGGUCAAGUGCUUGAGGUGAUGGAAUUUGCUGCUGAAAAUGAAGAGAUGUCGGGAGGAGAUCGCAAGAGGAAAGCUGAGGGGGCGCAGAUAAGACCUGAGUCGUCUGGAGAGAGAGUCGGGGACUUGGCAGGGAUGGAGAAGGCCGGCGGUGGAAAGGAGGGGAAUGAACAGAGAAAACUGGAGAAGACAGAGAAUGGAGAGGAAGGAAGUGGACAAAAAGCAGAGGAAAUGCGAAUAGAGCUAAAGGUUGUGAAGCAAGAAGUUAUGGACUGGUCGGACCUAGGGGAAGGCAUGUUGGGUGGACAGUGGGUGAAGCAGGAGGUAGAGGAUGAGCCUGAGGUGAAGGAUGAGAAAGCAAGCACAUUGGAGGUGAAGCAGGAGAUGGAUGGUAGUUUGGUGGUGAAAAUAGAGAAGAUGGAAGAACCAGAGGUAAAGGAAGAGAAAGUGACGGUGAAGGAAGAGGUAAUGGACUGGCUAGAAGUGAAGGAAGAGAAGGAGGAUAAAUUGGAGAUAAAAGAGGAGAAGAUUUUCGUUGACCAGAACAUAAAAAAGGAGGAGAUUAUGGAUGAAGUGCAUGUAAAAGAAGAGAAGGAUGUCCUGAAGAAGGAAGUGAUGGAUGAUACAAAGGUGAAAGAAGAGCCUCAAAUGAAUGCCUCCAUGGGCUGCAAACGGAAGCUGGCCAUGUCAAGGUGUGAAACUUGUGGUACAGAAGAAGCAAAAUACAGAUGUCCACGUUGUAUGCGAUAUUCCUGCAGUUUGCCCUGUGUAAAGAAACACAAAGCAGAACUGAUAUGUAAUGGAGUGCGAGAUAAAACUGCGUUUGUUUCAAUACAACAGUUUACUGAAAUGAAUCUUCUAAGUGAUUAUCGAUUUUUGGAAGAUGUGGCAAGAACAGCGGACCAUAUUUCUAGAGAUCCUUUCUUGAAAAGGCCAAUAAGAAAUAAACAUACGUACUUUAUGAAAAACCGUGCCCGGAGACAAGGUAUUGACUUAAAACUUCUACCCAAUGGAUUCACCAAGAGGAAAGAAAAUUCAACAUUUUUUGAUAAGAAAAAACAGCAGUUUUGUUGGCAUGUGAAGCUCCUGUUUCCUCAAAGUCAAGCUGUGUACAUAGAAAAAAGGGUACCAGAUGAUAAAACUAUUAAUGAAAUCUUAAGAACUUACAUUGAUCCUGAAAAGUCUGAUCCUAUAAUCCAUCAGAGGUUGAAAGCCUACAUUCGCUCUCAGACUGGCGUCCAAAUUUUAAUGAAGGUUGAAAAUAUGCAGCAAAAUUUAGUGAGAUAUUAUGAACUGGAUCCAUAUAAAAGUCUUCUAGACAAUUUGAAGAACAAAGUGAUCGUUGAGUAUCCAACAUUACAUGUGGUAUUGAAAGGAUAUAGUAAUGACAUGAAAGUUCUUCACCAAGUGAAAAAUGAAUCUACCAAGAACCUUGGCAAUGAAAAUUGAGCACUUCUUCUGGAAAAAGGUGAAAAUGCCCAGAUAAUUGCAGAGGACUGUGCAUUGACCAGUUGUUUGAUGAUUGGGAUAUUGUCACUCAGUGUUUGGAACUCUUUGUUUGUCUGAAAAGUAAUUAAACCAUCUAAAAAUGUUUGAAAAAGAUAUAUUUUCUAGCUUCUCAAAUUGACUUGUAAGGCCCUUAUUCAUUUUAAAAACCCAUUUUUGCACCUGAUCAGCAGCAGGCUUAUUAGGCCCAGACUUUUAAUGUGCUUAAUUCCAUGGACGGAAAGCUUUUUUAUUUGUUAGUUUGGUACAAGACUAAACCGCAAGAUCAGCUGCAUCAGCCACUUAAAUGAACCUCACUAAACAAAAGGCCAUGCACAUACCGUCCAGCCACAGAACAACUGAUCCUCCCCACUAGUUGUUCACCUUGUCUUUGAAGUUUAUAUGUAACCUUUCUCUCUUGAGAUGACUGGUUCGGUAUUUUAUAUUUGGGCACCCUGCCCCACCCACCCCCAGGACAGUGUCAUGUAAAGGUUUAAUAAGUAUUGUUAACUAUGAUUUCUUGUAUUCAUUUUAGAAAACCAGCAGCUAUACAUUGAUGCUUGAAAAAUCAGUGCUAACAAAUUUGUUCAGAUUGAGCUGUUUCUUAUUAAGGAUUCUGUGCCUUUCAUCCCAUUUCCACUCAUUGUAAUGAUCAGUUUUAUUCUGUGUUUUGAAAUGGCUACCAAUAACUAGAGAAGAAAUACUUGGAAGUCUUCGUUGUGUUACUGAAAUGUAUAUGUGUAUUUAUGUAUAUAUACAUGGUUUAAUUUAUACUUUUUGGCAGUUCUGUAUGCAUUAUGAUCUCACAUAUUAAAAUUAAAGUUUCCUAAUUUUAUUGAAAUUUAUACAGUUAUGAAAUCAGAAUAUGACUAUAAAAGAGUAAAAGAUUAUUACAUCUGUGUUGCAUCUGUGUACUUAAUGGUUAAGAAAACAAUGAUGAAAUUGGACAUUAAUGAAAUUCACUUUUAGUUUACAAUUGGCAUAAAUUUUAGACCAAAAAGAAACCAGAGGCUUUAAUUAAAAGACCUAGAACAAUUAGAAAUAUGAAGAGAUAAUGGAAAGAUGAACUUAGGAGGACUUUGUAGAAUGGCAAUAUAUAUAACUUGGUGUAGAAAUUGAAGAAGAACAUCCAAAAGACAAUAAUGCCAAAAAGAGACUUGUUGUAAAAGAACCAGUGGAAAUGUGAUUCACUGGAAAAUAAGGCCUGGUGAUUUGAGAAAUACAUAUACAUACCACAGCAAUUUUAGGAAUCUUCUCUUGAUGUGGUAAAGAAUUUGUGUAGAAUUACCUCGUUCACAAUAUUACUAGAAAGACAGCUAAAUAGGGUUUCAAGGGAUUCAAAUUUAACCUAAAAGUAAAAUUUGUCUCCAUUUAAACAGGCAGGAAACAAAAUGAAAUUGAAUCAAAUGUGUCAUGGAUUUGUUAUUGAGAAAAGUGGGAUAAAGUACACCAAAAGAACAUGUGAUCUGAAUAUCAGGGUGGAAAGGAAUUUCUUGACAGUGAAAUCUGUUAUGAUGUAGUCUCACAUCCAAGAAAAAAUGUUGAGUCCCUUCCCUUCUAGGAUUUAAAUUGAAAACUGGACAAAAACCUAAGGAUUUAUCUUGCGCUUUCCACUGCCCAGGAGGUAAAAAAAAAAAAAACAAACUACAUGAUCGAAUGCUUCUUUGCCAUCUCUGUAUUUUAGAAUUCUA